CCCCAACAAAAUGGAGGAACGAACCUUAUUUUAAAAGAAAUAUGAUUGCAGCCUAGGACUAGUUUAUGUCUAGUAUUGCAAUUUUGAAAUAGAAAUGGAACAGUCUGUUGAAAGAGAUAUAAUGGCGAAUUCUGCAUCGAAUGAUUAUUCAAAAUAUGGAAUUAGGGAUGUUCCUAAAUACACAAAGACAACAGCGCUUGGAAAGGUCUAUUAUUAGUAUUAAUAAUAAUAAAUAAUUAAUAUUUAUUAUUGUUAUUAUGUAUAAUGUAUAUGAAUAUGGUCAGUUAGUAUGGACUUAGUAUUAAUAAUACUUUUAGUCAUUAAUUAUGAAGAAUUAUUAUAAGUAUUUGUGUGUGUGAUUUCUGCUGCCUGCCUCUACUAUUUUGCUCACCUUGCCAUUCAUUUUUUAAAAAUCUUUCAUCCCUUUGACUUUGCCUACUAGCUGGUCUUUGUUAAAAUUUUUAAAAUAUUGUAUUAUUACAUUAUCAUAAUUUAUCAUUUUCAGACCAAAACUUUUGCAGGUCUUUUUGGAAAGGAAUGGAUAUUUCUGAUCGUAUCAAUGAUAAAUAUUUUGACAGCCAUUAGCCUGACACUGUACAGGAUGAUAAUAGUAAUCAAUGAGAAAGAUUCUCAGUCCCCAGAUUUUACAUUCACACUUCUGCUUCUCAUAAAUUCAGGUAGAUAAAAUCUUUGUUGUUUAUAUCUGAAAAUUGUGUUUUGAGAUUUUAACCAACAUUGAUCAGCAACCAAGAUUGAAAAGUUGCAACACUUUUCUUAAAUAAAAUAAGUAUUCUAGACGUUUCCCUUGUAAUGUUUUUUAAUAAGCAAUUGAUGCGAUUAAAGAAACAUUGCUUUUUCUUGGUUAUGGGUGGGUCAUUUUAAAGUGUCUUCCUUAUUUACAAAAAAAUUAUACAUAUUUAUCACAAUCAUUUUUUCAAUCAAUACCUUUUGUGUGUGCAGGUAUUUUUACUAUAAUUUGGACUAAAGGCAUACUUUGUGAAAUACUUAUGUUUUAGGGCUAAAGGAAUGCUGACAACUUGACAUUUUGUGGUUCGUCUGGGUGCUAUCUUUUGGAUAAGCAGUUUUUGCAUUGGCUGGGUUCUUUUUUUUUUGACUCUCCCUUAGGAUGAAUGGGCAGAUGAAUUUUUUAAUGCUCCUCAAAUGCUUUAAUGCGGUUUACAGGCUUCUGCAUUUUUUAUGUGCUUCACGGAAUAAUGAGGGAGCGGAUCUUUGAGCUGUAUGCCUUUAUGGCUGCCAUUUUAGUGGUGGUUAUGUACUGUGUACUUGAAUAUUUUGUCUUCAACCCAUCUAAGCAGUCCACUGUGAAGUUGGUAAGCAUACACAUUUAAAAAAAUAUGCAAAAUGUUAUCAGAGAUGCUUUCUUUUUAUGAAGGUUCUUUAAAAAUACUGUAAAUCAAAACUAUUGUGAUGUUUAGUAUUGAAUUUUUCAAUACUUUAAUUUUUUUUUUUUUUUAAAUCUAAAUUUUUGAAACUAUUUAAGAUAAAGAAAUAAACACAUGAACUUACUAUUGAGAUCCCCCGGUACUACUUAUUUUAUUUUUCAUAUUUAUUUAGACCAAAAAAUGUCAGUUGUUAUCAGAGAUGCUUUCUUUUUAUGAAGGUUCUUUAAAAAUACUGUAAAUCAAAACUUUUGUGAUGUUCAGUAUUGAAUUUUUCAAUACUUUAAUUUUUUUUUUUUUUUUAAAUCUAAAUUUUUGAAACUAUUUAAGAUAAAGAAAUAAACACAUGAACUUACUAUUGAGAUCCCCCGGUACUACUUAUUUUAUUUUUCAUAUUUAUUUAGACCAAGAAAUGUCAGUGCGCAAAGUCGACUGAUUUCAUAGUAAAGAACUUCUUGACUAUAUUCACAAAUUGUAAUUUUUUGGGCACUACAUCAUGAAUUUUAUGUGAAAUCAUAUCUUUUAUGUGCAUCAAUAUAUAUUAUCUUUAUGCCAAUGAUCUCACCAGGUGAGACUUGUCUUGGCAUGUGUUCUUGCUCCACCCAAUAUUGCCCUAGCUUACUUUGUGUCCAAAAACUUUGGUUACUUGGAAUUUCGAAUUGUGGGCGCCUCUCCUCAUUUGCAACGUAAGGAACGUAAGAAACUAUAUUUAUAAUUGCUGAAUUAGAAUCUUUGUUCUCCUAUCAAAAUUUCAAUUUCAUUGACAAAGGACAUUAUGUAUACUUUUAUUAUUAAGUUUACAAGUUUCCACUUUUGGCUUUCAGGAUUGUACAGACAAGCUGGACUGUUUUCUUGUCUCCUCAAGUUUGAUUUGCAAGCUGCUGUAAGUCCACAGCUUUAAAUGGGCACUUAAGAAAGAAAUUUGAUUUUGGGUUUUGGGGAUCUUAAUUUUUUUUGCUGGGUUCUUUCACUGAAUAGAGCUUCUAGGCAUAAAGCAACCCCACUGCAUUUUCACUCUUUUGAUCAGAGAAAACCUUAAACGAUAAUCCAAUAAAUCAUGCUCCAAGUUUGAUUGUAUGAUGAAAGUUAUUGCCAAGAAAUCAUAAGCUAAAAGCCCCUGUACCGGUAACUAAUUUCUAAAGUCGUCAUGGUAAUGAGUGUAACAGUGAGACAAUUUAUAAUAAAUCAAACCAGAGCUGCAACUGUUUCCUAUUACCAUAAAGGGAUCUUUGAGGUAUGUUAAAAUAGUUAAGUUUGGGUCUAUCUUUAACUAUAAGUUUUAUUCUUUAAAGUUAGAGGGACAUUGACCAUUUUCAUACCUUGGCCGCCUUUAGCAAACUGGACAAUACCGGGCUUUGGCCGUAUCAAAUACCUGUGCAGCAUAAAAAUGUGUAUAUGUUAAGUUGUAGGACAGUCAAAUGCUAUGCACUUAUUUUGACAUUCAUGCUUUGUUCUAAUGUAUGUUUAAUUACUGACUAACAGUGCAGCAUAGUGAUUCUGGCACUUAAAGAUGGCACAAAGGUCUCCCUGCUGGAAACAGUUUCUCUUGCUAUUGGCAUUCCUUAUUCUCUCUUUUGGUGUUUACUGGGCUGGGUCUCAGUAAGUAUUUACCAAAUAUUUUAUAGUGUCACAAAUGUGCACAUAAACGGUAGUCUAUUUCAACAUCAGAUAAUUUGUUAAGUUUGAUUAAAGUUUAAAGCUAGAACCAUUUGUUUCUGGUAAAGUGUAAAAUUAAAUAUUAUAAACUCAAUACCCAGUACCUACAAUUGUAAACUUUAAGCUAGUGACUCUAUAAAAUUUACCCCCCCCCCCAUUUUUUUUUUUCUGUUAUUACAGCUUAAACGAGAACUUAAGUCAGGAGCUGUUGUCUUUGCUAUAUUUGGACUCAUCAAGCCAUGCUAUUACUUAUUUAAAAUCAUUCGUGUAAGUUAAUGACUGAAAGUCUUAGUAGUUAUUUGAAUAAUUGUGACAUACUUUCAUUAAUUGCCAUAUGACUUUUAUUUUUUUUUUAAGUACAAAAUAAAUAUCUGAAUCCAAUAUGAUUCAUUUCUUAUUUUGCUUUAAAACCAGAAAUGUAGGACAUUUUUACACUUCAUAUAUAUUUUUUUCUAUUAAUCUUGAAGUGAAGUGUGAAAUGCAUUUUAUGAAAAAAAAUUUGAGAAACUAAUCAAACAAAAUAAAAGGCGAUGAAAAGAAAUGAACCCCCAACAAAGAAUCAAACAAGGUGUCUAACAUGUGACAAGCAGCUGCUUUAAUGGAUGAUACUUUUAUCAGAUAUGGAACUAGUUAUGAUGCAAUGUGCUUAGGGGAAACCAUAACUUUUAUCUCUGAUAAUACUACCUUGAUUAAAUGAUGCCACAUACUUUGGUUUAAAUUACCUUCUAGAUUAAAAAUUUUUUUUUUUUACGUCACUGUUAAACCAUGGGAAUAUGCCAUAGAUUUUUUAGAGCCAUGGGAACAUUGCUGUUGAUUUUCAAAAAAAAAAAAUACUUUUCUGUAGGAGUAUAUUGAGCUGAAGGAUGAGAAGGUACCAACAAAGGACAGCAUUGUCUACUCCCUGAUAGCUGCUGGUGAGUCAAAAAAAAAAAUUGUUUGUACAAAAGUAAUUAUAACAACUAGGUUAAUUUGUUUGAAUUAAACUAGAUCAAAUAAAUUAAAUAUGACCAAGAUAAAACUGUCUGUGAUAUGAAAAUAAACAGUGUAGGGGCCACGAGAGAAACUUUCAUAAGCAGACUCAUGAUUAAGGGAAAUCAAAACAUUAAAAUUUAGGCAAAAUUAUUCAAAUUGUUCGAAUAUAUAUUUGUUGAUGCAAUGAAACUGUUGAAUAUCAACACAGCCAAUUAAUUUGUUCUUCUCUUGUUCUUUUUGGGGUAUUCUUUUUUUUACUUUGCUCUGUUGUCCAGAGAUGAAUCCUUCAUGUAUACAAUUUCAUUAUCUUUUAGCAAUUGGUUGCAUCAUUCAAUAAAUCUUUUCUCUAGUUUAAUUUAACUUCCCACCCCCCCCCCCCACCCCCUUUGUAAGAUAUUUCCAUUGGCUAAAUCUAUUGCGCUUAUCUGUAAUUUUAUUUUUUAUAGAGAUGAAUCCUUCAUGUAUACAAUUUCAUUAUCUUUUAGCAAUUGGUUGCAUCAUUCAAUAAAUCUUUUCUCUAGUUUAAUUUAACUUCACACCCCCCCCCCCCACCCCCUUUGUAAGAUAUUUCCAUUGGCUAAAUCUAUUGCGCUUAUCUGUAAUUUUAUUUUUUAAUAUUUAAAAAAAAGUUCUAAUAUGUUAUUUUAAACAUAUAUUUCCCUUUCUUCUUUUGUCCUCCAGUUUCACUUGGAUUGCUGGUCUGGUUCAUGUUGAUGAUCGAACUUGUGUUCGUGUAUAAAAACUUUGAUCAGGGCUUACAAGAAAGAAGUAUGUAUUAAAUUCAUUAGGGAGGAAAUAGAAAAAUUUCAAGGGCCCGGAAAGUUUGGGAAAGUUGGCAAAAAACUUCAUAAUCCUUGAAAGUUUUGGAAAAUUGAUUAAAAAGAAAGAAGAAAAAGGCCAAAAAUAAAAUUUGAAUGAAAAAAGGGAUGUUUCCAUUUAAAUUUAACUAACAUUGCGCAGUGCGCAUUUCAUAAUGAUUGUUAAAGAAAUUUGUUAAUUGUUCAGUAAAUGUUUUUAAGCAAAUCAAAUUAAUCUUAACAAAUGAGCACCUCUUUUUGACUAGGCAGUUAUAUCGCCAUGGCCAGGCAACAGUAGAAAGAUGUUCUCUGUGAAUAAAGAGGUCACUGUGAAAAAUUUAAACACUUAUAGUCUCUGUGCUCAAAGACUGAUAACUAAUCAAGUCAAAAGAGCAGGGGAACCCCAUAGCAAAAACUGUUGAAGCAGAUGUAGCCAGUCUAGUUACAUUAGCCAACAGCAAAAGGGAGGUCACCAGUUCAAAAAAAAAAAAAAAAAGGAAAUCGAGCUAAACACUAUUUUUUUUAAAAAAAGACACUGGAUACAACUGCGCAGCCAGUACAUUUUAAAAUAUUAUUCUAUGAAGUUUCCCUAUUAGUCUGUGCCUUAUGACCGAUCAUGAUACUAUGUUUCAAAUAUUAGCCUAAACAACAAAUUAUGCUUGGACACUAAGCUGAAUCGAAUGUAUAUAACAUUGUAAAUAAUUUUGUGUUAUAUCUCUAAGGGAUAAGCUACCUUUACAAGGAUAAGCUGGCUAUUAAUUUUAUUUAUAUAUUGUGUAUAUACUUUAAGUGUGAUAAAGAAUUUUGUAUCUAUGUUAGGUGAGUUGUUGUUUUUUUCUAUAAAAAAUAAAAUGGUAAUAAAUAGGUGUUUGAAUUUUAAAAAAAUGGUCUUUGAAGGUUUUGGAAACGUCUGUCAGUUCUGGACCUUUAAGUCUGUACUUACUUACUGUAGCUUACUUUUUUCUUUUGGAUUUGUUUUCUCAAUGUAUUUAUUCAUUUAUUUGUUUUAUUUUUAGGUAAAUCCUGCUAUGCUGUACUUCCAAUAAUUAAAAAGUCUUUAAUUACUCUGUUUUAAUUUUUUUUUUAAUUAUCCAAAAGAACUAAAAUAAUUAUCAUUAUUUUAAAAUUGCCACUACUUAAUUGCAAACAUGAAAUUUAUCCCAGUCAAUGCAAAAGUAACAAUGAAAUUUGAACAGAUGCUUGGAUAUACUGGCACUGUAACAUCAUUGUAUUUGCAUUAUAUUUUUGUUUUGUUAUAAAAAUAAUUUUUUGAAAGAUAAUUGGAAAUGCGGUUCUGAAAGUUUCAUAAGAGAUCUCACAAUUUAGAAGUAGACUAAAGAAUAUCUUUUCCAACCUACAGCACGCCUGUUUGCCAGUGAGACCUCAAGAUUGUUGGGUGAAAAAAGAUGGAGUGCAAGGGGAGAAAAUUCAAAUUUGUGACCUGCAAAUUCCGGCCACAGUAAAACUGGGAAAGAAAAAUUGUCAGAGAAAUUUGUUUGUACCUGUAUUUUCAAAUUAUUGAAACUAAAUAUGGUGGACAGGUUAAGUAUCUGUUUUAGUCUUGUGUAUGUUUGUUAGUAAUUUUUUAAACCAUGUUCAGAACUUACAUUAAAAAUGUCUAAUUGUUUUAAUUUUGUCACUGCCCUUUUUUCCCAGCAAUGUUUGAAUGAAAAUGUUUUUUUUUUCUAAUAUUGUAAAAAAUAUUAACACAUUAGUGUUAUUAGUUUUUGGUUAAUGAAUUUCAUCAUAAAAUUAUAAGAUUAUCUUCUUAGUUAUUCAACUCCUAAAUUAAAGUCAUUUUAUAUUAAAAGGCAGGUUUAAUUGUAAAUAAAUGUAUCAUUAUUGCAUCAAUUUCCCGAAAUGAAUUUUAAGGUUUUAAGAAGUCUUACUGUCAUAAUUAAACAAAUCUAAUCAAGGGAAAAUGAGCGUAUUUAAGUUGAGCAGACAUAGUUAUCACAUGGGAUCAGAGAAAGUUAGAAGAAAAUGAAAAAUUAUGGGACGAUAAAUAAAAAAGGCCAGUGAAAGAUGUUCAUAAAUAAUUUUUUUUUGAACAAGUCUAUUUUAGUUUCUCCAACCAUCCAUAAGAGGUAUUUACUCAGUUGUGAACCUGCCUCUUCAUAAGAUGGAUAAGUUUUUAUUAUUUUAAUUUUCUGAUUCAUUAUGCUAAGCAAAAUACUUAUGCAUUUACGUUUUUCUUGAAAUUAACGGUCUUUCACUUGUGCAACGAAGUCAUGUUGUAUUUUUUUUGUUUUGUUUGCAAAUUUUAGUUUUUUUAAAAGCCAAAAGCUUUGCUCUUUGUGAUUAU